GAGGCUCAGCCGGUUGGUUCCUACGCGCCAGAGCCGCACUUCCUGCCGCAUGUUGUGCUGCAAUCGUGCGUCGUUGCUUUCAGUGCGGGCGCCGUGGCCUCCAGCAGAGGAAUUAGUGCGCACCUAUGCGGAGAUCUCUCGCCGAGUGAUGCUGCCAGGAGACACCCGGAAGCUCGCCAGCAGUGCCUACAGAUGCGUGGCAGCGGCAGUGCUGUUGCUGCUGCUGGGGGCCGCGGAGGCGACGCCGGAGGUGGACGGCACUGCCCACGCUGCUCUCAUAGGCGGCGGCAGCAGCUGCCCCUACGAGUACCUCGAAGACGCCGACCUCGAGUGCCCAGAGAUGACCAGCGAGGGCCAGCUCCGCUGCUACCUCCUCUACCGAGCGCUCGACUACAAGCCCUUCGCAUCCUACGGUUUCGCUGUGCUCGUCAACAUGACUCUCUCCGAAAUACCAGAUACAAGUUUCUCUGAAAGCAGCAUCAGCGGCGACCGGGACGUGUGCUGGUCGCUGUCAGCCAUCGAGGUGAGCAAAGUGGAGAACAACUCCGCCGUUGACUGGAGUCGCCAGAGGCCGCACCUGGACAGCUUCGGUGUCUACCUGCUGUACCCUGUGAAGGAGUUCCGCGCCUCCGCAACCUACCCGCUAACGACGUCAGCCGUGGCGACGACCGUCAAUGCCACAUGCUGGUACCAGCAAAGGAGCACUGGUUGUAUCAAAUCAGCCCAUGUUUCUCAGAAGAUUUUGCUGCCAGAUUACAAAGAAGCACAUAGUGAUGGGCCGUACACCAAAAAGUAUUGGGAUAAUUUCAGAGAAAUUCAUCUCAAGAAACUGAAAGCAGAAAACAUCACAUUACAUGUAGAGGUUCAGAAAGGCCUCUUUUUGGACACACCACACUAUCUUCAACCACUUAUUACAAAUACAACAUUUAAAAGAUUAGUUUUAAUAAAUACAAACUUAACCAACUUUGCAAUGAGUGAACAGCAGAAGAUGGAAGAAUUAAAAUUAGUGGGCUCAGAACUUAGCACUGAUGAAGCAGAAAAAAUUAUUUUCUCCACUCAGAACCUGCUAUCACUGAGCCUGGAAAACAACAGCUUGACAGCUAUACCACAAGGAGUGAAGCGAAUUCAAAAUUUGGUGACUCUUGAUCUGUCACACAAUGCAAUUAAUUUUUCAUAUUACACUACAGUACUUUCCUCAAUGAGUAAUCUUAAAUGGUUAAAUCUAGCUGCUAAUCCCAUAGGUGAUUUGUCUGCUUUCAUAGGGAAUCUUAGCAGUGAGGUACAGCUACACUUUCUUAAUGUCAGUGAUUGCUCACUUUUUGAGCUGGAGCCUACAGACAACAAAAGUCCAUUAAGACAUCAGAAAGAACUUCAGUUCUUAGAUUUGUCAUAUAAUGGUCUGUAUACCUUGCCCAGUGAUAUUUUUGUAGAAAUGUCUCACUUGGAAACUGUGCAACUGUCCCACAAUAAUUUAAACAAACAUCUUAGACUACAUCUCCCAGAUGGUAUUAGAGUUUUAGAUUUGUCUUACAACAAUUUUGAUAGUCCUGAAGGUAUUGUGGAGACUGGAUCAGCAGAAUUUGUGGUCCUAAAAGGAAAUGAUAUUUACCCUUGGAAUAAUUCGAAUAUAUUUUUGUUAAAUGAUAAUCCUAACAAUGUAUGGCUAUCAAGACUUGAUAUUUCAGACUGUAAGAUCAAUGUUGUAACUGAGGAAAUGCAAAAAUCAUUUGAAUACCUCCAGGAACUUGACUUGGGAGGGAAUCCAUUUGACUGCUCUGACUGUUCAGUGCCAGAUUUCAGAGGUUGGCUCCUGUCAAUCAAUGAAACAAAAUACCACCCUAAUUUAUUAAAUCAUGGAAAACAUGAUGACUUAACUUGUGUCCAUCCUGAAAAUCUUGCAAAAAGGCUUAUUGUUUCUGUCGAUGAAUUUUCACAUUGUGAGCCAAAUUAUAUAAUUUUAAUUGGUGUUCCAUUGCUCACAGUUAUUGCUUUAGGAGCUUUCUCAAUAUUCAUUUUGCAUUUUUACCGAUAUGAAAUAACAUACAUACUACAUCUUGUGAAGAUAAGAAAGUUGAGACUGGCGAAUGCAGCAAUGACAAGAAAUUUCCAGUAUGAUGCAUUUGUCAGCUACAGUGGAAAGGACAGAAACUGGGUUAUCAAAAAGUUAGUGCCUCAACUAGAGAAUGGACCAGAAAAAUAUAUGUUAUGUCUUCAUGAAAGAGACUUUAUACUAGGUUCAGUGAUUUCAAGAAAUAUAGCAAGCUUUAUGCAACAAAGCAAGAACACGAUCAUAAUCCUUACAACUAAUUUUGUAAAUAGCCAAUGGUGCCAAUGGGAACUUGAAAUGGCCAACCAUAAAGUGUUUGCUGAGGACCGUGAAUUCUUGAUUUUCAUUGAACUAGAGCGGCUUGAACGACAGAAGUUGCCAAGACACCUACGUUACCUAAUGGAUACUCGAACUUACCUAGAAUGGCCAGUUCCUGAAGACAUGAGUAGUGAAACAGAAAUUAAUCUGUGGAAGAGACUUCGAAAAUCUUUGGGUCCAAGUAUUGCUCAGAUUAAAGCUGGACACAACCUGCACCAUGAUGCAGAAUCAAUUUCCUGAUUAAGAAGAACAUGUGUAAUGCUUGAAAAUGAUUAUGUUCCUCUCAAUUUUACAAAGUGUAUAGCUUCUUUCUUUGUACAAAACUUCCAGUUUUUUCUACUCUUUUGUCUACAUGCAACAUUUGC